CAGCGUGUGUCGCCAGACAGCUUUAAAAGUAACAGGCACGAGAGAGACCUCGACCAAUGGCGACGAGAAGGCGAGGUGGUGCCGGCAGCGCACCCUCACCGCACCGAUGGCUGGCCCUGGCCGUGCUCGUCCUGGCUCUGCUGUGCGGCGUGGCGCAGGCAGCAAAGGACUACUACAAGAUCAUGGGCGUCGAUACGGGGGCAGACGACCGUACGAUUAAACGGGCCUAUCGGAAAUUGGCGCAGAAGCUGCACCCGGACAAGCACCCCGACAAGGCUGAAGAAUUUGUCGAGCUGUCCGAGGCCUACCAGGUCUUGUCCGACAAGGAGGCCCGCAAGAUCUACAAUCGCUUUGGCGAGGAAGGGGUCAAGCGGCACCUGGCUCAGAAGCAAGCCUCGCAGGGAGGUGCAGACAACCCCAAUGACCCCAUGAACGUCUUCAGGCAGUUCUUUGGCGGUGGGUUCCAGCAGCAGCAACAGACGCGAAAGGGCUCGACGAAGCAAUUCAACCUCGAGGUGAACCUCGCCGACAUGUACAAGGGCCGCACCGUGACAAUCUCGUUUGAUCGACACGUCCUCUGCCCCGCCUGCGAUGGGUCGGGUGCCAAGAGCAAGAGCGACAUCCACCACUGCGAGACGUGCAACGGCCAGGGCGUGCGAAUCGUGCGUCAGCAAAUCAUGCCAGGCUUUGUUACCAACGCCCAGGUGACGUGCGAUGCGUGCGGGGGCCAGGGCAGGGUGAUCAAGCACAAGUGUCCCAAGUGCGAGGGCGCCAAGGUCAUCGUUGAACAGGUCGAGCUCGAUGUAGAGAUCCUGCCAGGAACGCACGAGGGCGAGGAGCUCCUGUACGAGGCAGAGGCAGACGAGGGGCCCGACUUUGACGCUGGCGACGUCCUCGUCAAGGUCCAGUCCAAGCCGCAACGGGGCGACUUUAGGCGGAGGGACAAGCACCUCUACGCUACGAUUCCCAUCUCUCUCGCCGAUGCGCUGUUGGGCUUCGAAAAGAAUCUCACCCAUCUCGACGGAAGCAUUGUCACGCUCAAGCGCGCCGCUGUCACUCAACCAAACUACGUCGCAACACUGGCGGGCCAGGGCAUGCCGCUGCACCACUCUGUCCAACCACAUGAUGGAACGACCCACGGGAACCUCUAUGUAGAGUACAACGUCGUCUUGCCGGAUCAAGUCGAGGGCGACCUCUUGAAAGCCUUUGAAAAGGUCUUCAAGAGAUCAGCAACGAGUAUAAAAGGGGACACGUCGUCACAGCCGCACAAGCACGAAGACCUGUAGAACAACAAUAGAUGCGCUCUUCCUGAAGGCGAAAAGAGCAUCAGUGAUAAUUCAUGAUGGCACUCUUGACCAGCAGCAAGUCCGGGUG